AUGUCUCGAGCACGAGCUAUUCGCGAUGAUUCCAUAAUUGAAGAGGUUGCCAAAGUCAAUGUGGACUAUCUCGCACAUUCCUGGAAAGACGAGGAGUUGUGGGCCACCAGGAAACACAUUUGCCAAAUGAACAAGGACAGUCACGUCAGGCAUCGCUUCGAAAACGCUCUUUGGAGAACAUGGUUUGCAUCAACCCGACAGACCAUACCCAUGCCAGCGGCCUUUAUCUCUUGGCAAGUCCCGAUUCCAUUCCCGUCUUACCUCGUUGUGAAGAUUCUCACCUGGUACAGGGACAAAGAUAGUGACAUUACCUGGUUAUACGGCCCAUUAGUGCCUAGCGGAAGCCCCAGCCCGACGCUGAACGAAAUUUCCUUAACCCAAGCCUCUAGGAAGCCAUCCUGGAAGAGAAAACCGAGCAUUUGGGAAAUCACAGACUUCCCCGCAACAUCCGGCGGUUCUACGAACGGAAAGUCUCUUCUUGGCCGAUUCUGGAGCGUAGCCAUUCACUCUGUCCCUAGUAUCAUCCUUAAUCCACACCUAUCAUGGAACAAGCGAAGAAAAUGCCGAGUACGGUUCGAAGAGGAGGUGCAGCAAUGCCAGUACGCUGGUGAUGGCACUGAUGUCGCUCAUGUCAAUAAGGCCAUGGAAAAGCUUCGACAACAGAUUGCCCAGGCUGGGAUGGGCGCCGAUAACUACGGCAAGCGUAAGCGUAGCAAUGGCUCGGUGGCGCGCAAGGGCGCGAAUCCCCGCCCAGCCAAAAUCACCAAGCAUACACGGACAUGGUGCGCGGGCUCGCAGAACGGCCCUGGCAAGAUGCCUUUGGAAGCCCUUCUCCAUGCGAAGCUUGCCUUGAUGCAAGAUAUGUCCACGUCAACGCGGUCGGUAAGCGUCGUAGGGUUGCGGGGUGAAGACCAAGACGACCCGGACUUGUACUCUGUCAUGCUGCCCGAGUCGCUUGAUUUCGUCGAACGAGAGGAUAGUAGCAGGCUCCGUUCCAGUCUUAAUUGUGCGCCUCUGCACGCCGUUUCACCUACUAGAAGUAGCAUCUCCAUGAGCUCGCCAUGCCUUCCGACCAAUAUGCAGUCGAUCGCUUGUUUCUACAUACGAUUUAUUGGUAACGAUCGGCUUUCGGAUGACUAUUACAGGGCCGUCUAUCUGACUGAGCGGACGGUUCGCGAUCUGAUGGAGAAGAUUUCCAUGAAACAGCGCAUCGAUCCCCAGCGUAUAGUGCGAGUCCUCCACGUCAAGCAAAAUGGCCUCAAACUAAUGGUUGAUGAUGAUCUGCGCGAGCUUCCUGACGGCCAGGACAAUUGUCGGAGUGUCCGAAGCAUUGUCAUUUGGAAAGGCCGCAGCUACGAGACCAGGAAAUCUCAGUCCAGCCCUCGAGGUCAAAUUAAGCUACUAAUCCUGCCCGCCCACAGAUAUGCAGCGCUCUUUGUUUUCUUUUGCCAUCCACAAGUAUUUAGUUUCGACUGA